UAUGAUUUUUGAUGAUAUACCCUAUGAUGAUUCAAAUCAGAAUGAAAUAUACUAUGACAACUCUAAUCAUGAAUUAUUACUAUAAUAAUUGAAAAAUUUAGCUACUGCAUAAGAAGCUAAGAUUUAUAGCACAUUUAAUUAAGAUUGGAAAGGUAUUAAUAAUUUAUUAUUUUUUAUAGCCCAAUUAGAUCCAUAAGUGAGAUAAUGGAUGACACAUGUAAGAUAACAUUAUUUUGAGACAUAAAAAAAGUCACAAAAAGUUGUUUCUAAUAUUUAACUCGAAUCUUUCUCAUCAGAUAAUCAAACUGCUGAUUUACAACUAGAUGACUAUUUCUAAUUAUGA